AUGCUCAUUGUGAAACGGUUUAUUUUAUGGGUGCUGCUCUUUUUCAUGGCAAUAACACAACUGUUGCUGUAUUUACCAGAUUUUUCUUGCUCGAUCUCCACUGGUCUGCCGCUGUGUACACCGCAAUUUAAUGUAAAUAUAGUCACAGGGUCUAGAACAACCAAGGACUUUGUAUCGAGUGUGAGGCAGUUCCUGCGGUUGAUCUCAUAUCUGGCCAUUGACAUGGGCUGGUCCAAGUAUCUGGCUGACCCGCACAUAUACAAUGAGGAAAACCUUGUGGAUACUUUUGAUACAGACAAUCUAUUCAAGAUCAACUAUUUUGGGUUCUGUAAGAAAACCUCGGGUAAGACUAAAUACUGUGUAGCUAAUGGAGAUUGUGGAAUGGAUGUACUUGGUAUUCUCGUAAGGGAUGUCGGUUUACAACUGGGUAGGCUGACUCAACGGUACGAAAACAACACUCGGAUAUUGGGAGACUCUUUGGUAUUUACUUACCAUUUAGGUCUCUCCUCUAUGAGAAAGUUUCUGCGGAAUGAUAAUUAUAGGAACAAUGCAUUCUCAAAGUUGUUGUUGGCAACAGAUGACCAGCCUUACAGUAAUACAAGAAUCAAAAACUACGCAAAGGGUGUGACAGUGGCUUACACUUUGGUGGUAGUGAAUAAGAUAAUGUUUUAUAUGCAUUUGGCGGAAAUCACAAUAAGCGCUGCAUUCGUCGUUGCUGUUCUAGGGUUUGGGUUUGUGCUGAUAUUUGGGAAACACCACACCAUAAUGCCUCUUUUAUUGAAAGGAUGGGGGUCGGUUCUGAUGGUCAGUUCAACCAGCUCUUAUUUGGCAACUAUUGUCUACUUAGGAACAUUGAAAUUGUUAGAACCAACUGAAAUGCUGGACACACAAUCCCAGGUUGCAGGUCAUGUACUGAACAAUGACACCCAUAGCAAUAAUUGGGACCUGUUACAGACUACUGUGGGCAGUGGCUUCGUGAUAAGUUGUUUCAGAUACAUAGUACAAUGUCUAAUGCUUCCGCUAGUUUUUAUCGCAGCGAACAGAUAUACAAAGGCAAAAGACUUCCUACCAGCUGGCACAGAGGAACUCAUCAAAGUAUAG